CAUUUAGGUUUUUGUACAUGCAAUCUCAUUAAUACAUGGGUAAUAUAAUAAAAUGAAUAUGGAACAAAUCUAUUGGAUCAAUUUUCAAAAAUCAAUGCAGAUAAAAACCUAUUUUGUUUUAAUGAUCAUUAUCUUUUUUUUCUCUUUAUUUGACCCAUGUUCCAAUCAAUCUGAAAAAAUACAUCGAACCAAUAGCGAUUAUACAAUCGUUGAAAAAAAAUAACAUUCUUCUAUGAGCAAAUUUGAUGAAAAGUUCAUGAGCUAAAUUUUUCGCUGACAAUAACGACAAUCGGUGAACAAUAAAUGUAUAUAUAUAUACGUGUGUCUAUUUUCGUGUUAACACUUCACAAUUUGAAAAAAAAAAUGAGUCAGUCUAACGUUGAUUUGUCUGACUUACCAAAUGAAAUAUUGUUGAAUAUUUUGAAGAAACUAGAUAAUAUUAGUGUUUUGUACUCGUUAUUUGGUGUUAUCGAUGAACGAUUUGACAGUCUAUUACAAGACAAUAUUUUUACAAACACUCUGAAUUUACUCAAAAAUUCAGCUGAUGUUAAUUCUUCACUUGUCAAUCCAAUGCUUGAUCAAUUUUGUAUUGAUAUAUUACCAAGAAUCCAUUGCAAUAUCAAACAUCUCAUUGUUGAGUCAAUGUCUAUGAGACGUAUUCUUCUGACUGGCACCUUUCCAAAUUUAACGCAUCUCAAGGUGUUUAACUUUGGACGACAUAUCGCUUUAAAGUAUUUUACAGGUAAAUACCCAAUAUAUUUAUAUAUGGAAAUAAAAAACAUAUAAAACUAUUAAAAUAAAAUCUGACGAAUGAUUUAAUUGUUUUUUUACUUAGAUCAGUCAACCUUUCAACAUAUUUUCAAACAUCAAAUAACAGAACUUAUUCUUGAAAAUAAUGAUCAGGAUGAAGUGACAAUAUUAUUAAGAGAAUAUACUGUAAAUGUUUAUGCACGAAUCUUGACUUUCUUCGAAAAUUUAAGACAUUUAAGUAUUGUUGAAGCAUCAUCCAUUAGUGAAUAUCCACCUUUCUCACUACGUCAUUUACCAUCAACUACUUUUUUUUCUUCUAUUCUUACAAAAUUAUGUAUCAAUGUAGAAAAUAUAAAUGAUUGUUUUCGUUUACUUGAUGGUCGUCUUAAACAAUUGACAACAUUCAUUGUUCAAAUUGGGUCUGCCGACGAUGAAUCACCGAUUGUUCAUCAUAUUAACGAUCAACCUAACUUGAAAUGUUUUUCAUUAGCAUGUUAUCAUGAAAUUAAUGCAUAUGACAAUAAAGUGAUACCUCUACUGCGUCAUAUGACAUACUUGGAAAAAUUAACUUUGUAUAUUCGUAUUUUGAAUCGAUCUACAUUUGUUGAUGGUACUGAUUUCCAUAAAGAUAUUCUUAUAUAUAUGCCACGACUUUAUACAUUCAGUUUUUAUAUUGCUACUGAUAUUGAAUUCGAUGAUUCAGUUCAUCAUCUAUCUGAUAAUGAUAUUCAACAAACUUUUACAAAUAUCGGUUAUCAUCAAAUAGCCUGCAGUGUUUAUUAUUUUCGUAGAAAGAGGGCAAUAUGUCAUGUUUUCUCACUUCCAUUCAUAUUUGAUCGUAUCGAAAAGAUUACCAAUAAGUUUCCAAAUGUAAUAUUCAAUCAUGUUACAUAUCUGAUGGUAGGUGAUUUGAUUCCAUUCAAAUAUGAAUUCUUCAUUCGAAUUGCCAAAGCUUUUCCAUCAUUGAAGUAUUUUUCUAUUAUCAAUAUUACGUCACCAUUAUGGAAUUUUGAAUCCUAUACAGCUGAUAAUAUUGAUUCAUGUUCAUAUAUUGAAUAUCUGAAUCUUACUUCACUUACUGUUAAUUAUGUCGAUAAUUAUUAUAUUGAACAAUUUUUACUUGAUACAAAGACAUAUGCACCUCGUUUAACUGAAAUCAAAGUACAUUUUGAUCGAUUGCAAGCUGUAACAGAGAAUUUUACAAGAGAUGCAACACGAUACAACUGUCGCAAUAUAAAACGAUUAAUUUUUGAAAAGACAAUCAAUUAUUCAAAAGAAUUGUAUCUCUAUUUUCCUUCACUUGUAGAUUGA